AAUCCAUGGAGGAAGAGCUUAGCCAUUUACACAGUUCACAACACACUCAUCAAUACAUCAUUGAAACUCUCCCCAUAAAAUAUAAAUUCCAUCAAAAGAAAAUUCCUUUUUAUAUUCAGUUUCUAGACAAAACAUAUAGAUACACAGAAUUCUGUAUCUAUACCCUUUUGCUUCAAGAAACUCCAUAGCCAUUAUUAAACAAUAAAGAUUCAAUUUUUUUUCUUCUCUUUCUUCAAUCAUAACUCUUUUCUUGUUCCAAUCCAUUCAAUCUGUCAUUUUCACACAAUUUUUCUAAAUACCCUUUUCAAGAAAUCUUCCUUUAAAAAUGGCUUCAAUAACACCCUUAUCUCAAUCGCAACCCCUUUAUGAAAAACCCCAAUUUACACUACUGAAAACACCUCAAAACCAGUUUUUUGCAAUACCCUUUUCAAGAUUCACUCAAAGUUCAAAACUUUCAUUGAAAAAAUCAAGAAUGGUUGUAGUUUCAGCUACAACUGCUGCUGAGAAAUCCAAUAAAAGGUAUCCUGGUGAAGCUAAGGGGUUUGUUGAGGAGAUGAGAUUUGUGGCUAUGAAAUUGCAUACUAGGGAUCAGUCUAAGGAAGGCGAAAAAGAACCUGAAGGUCAGCCUAUGGCUAAAUGGGAACCUAGUGUUGAAGGGUACUUGAGGUUUUUGGUGGAUAGUAAAUUGGUUUAUGAUACUUUGGAAAAGAUUAUGGAAAAGGCUCCUUUUCCUGAGUAUGCUGAGUUCAGGAACACGGGAUUAGAAAGGUCAGAGAGCUUAGCAAAGGAUUUGGAAUGGUUUAGGCAGCAAGGUUAUGCCAUCCCAGAACCAUCAACUCCUGGUCUCAACUACGCUCGUUACUUAGAGGAUCUUUCAGAAAAGGAUCCUCAAGCAUUUAUUUGCCACUUUUACAACACAUACUUUGCGCAUUCAGCUGGAGGUCGCAUGAUAGGGAGAAAGGUGGCUGAAAAGAUACUCAAUAAGAAAGAGCUGGAAUUCUACAAAUGGGACGGUGACCUUUCUCAGCUGCUGCAGAAUGUUAGAGAGAAGCUGAAUAAAGUUGCAGAAAACUGGACUAGAGAGGAGAAGAAUCAUUGUUUGGAAGAGACGGAGAAGUCAUUCAAGUUCUCAGGGGAAAUCCUCCGAUUAAUAUUGUCUUGAUACACGGCUUUGCAUUUGUUUACUUGUUAACUUGUACAUUGGAUGGCCUAAAGCUCAAAUUACUGUGAAUAGUCGUGUUCAUUUUCGCUUUGGAAUUUUAAAUUCUGUCUAUUAUGUACAAUAACUUGAUUCUAUUCAAGUAUUAUGUUGUCAUUCA